CCAGGCGUCCCACCUUUUGUCCAGUCAUAACCUGAUCGAGUCAUCGCGAUUCUCGAUACAUGAAAGCCCGCGUCCCGCUCCAUUUGCGAGCUCCUCUUCUCCAAACAAGAUCAAGCACUUUCUCAAGACAAUUUCUGACGCACACAAAAAGAAUGGCUUCAUCAACGACAGAUGGCCAAGCGGCCACAACGCCUAAGCCUACCAUGAGAUUUGCAGAUAUCGGAAUAAACCUCUCCGAUCCCAUCUUCCGUGGCAUUUCUCAUGGAAAACGCAUCCACGAAGACGACCUCAUCCACACUAUCUCUCGCGCCCGAGAUGCAGGUGUCCAAAAAAUGAUGAUCACAGGCUCCGAUCUCAAAGAAUCCCGCGGAGCAAUCGAACUAGCAGAAGAAUAUCCUGGACUCUGUUUCGCCACAGUUGGCGUACACCCAUGCUCAGCCAAAUCUUUCGAUUCGUAUCCUACAGGCCCGGAAGCUAUGCUGAAGGAAUUGAAAGCCUUGGCGAUCAAAAGCCGGGAUCGAGGGACAGCAACGGCGUUUGGAGAAAUUGGAUUGGAUUAUGAUCGGUUGUUUUUGAGUGAUAAGGAAACGCAAUUGAAGUAUUUUGCUUGGCAGUUGGAUUUGGCGACGGAGUUGGAGAUGCCUUUGUUUUUGCAUUCGAGGGCUGCGGCGGAGGAUUUUGAGAGGAUGCUGAAGGAGAGGUUGGAGAAGUUGCCGAAGAGGGGUGUUGUGCAUUCUUUUACGGGGAGUGCGGAAGAGAUGCGGAGAUUGGUGGAUUUGGGGUUUGAUAUUGGGAUUAAUGGGUGUAGUAUGAAGACGGAGGAGAAUUGUGCGGUUGUUAAAGAGGUGCCGUUGGAGAGGUUGCAGAUUGAGACGGAUGGGCCAUGGUGUGAGAUGAGGCCGAGUCAUGCGAGUGCGAAGUAUUUGAAGGGCGACGACGUGCCGAAGCUGCCGAAAGCGGUGAAGAAGGAGAAAUGGGCGAAGGAAUUCAUGGUGAAAGGCAGAAAUGAGCCUUGUGCGAUGCCGCAUGUGGCGUAUGCUGUGGCGGGGAUAAAAGGAGUCCCUGUGGAAGAAGUGGCCGAAGCGGCCUGGACCAAUUCUCUGCGCAUGUUCGGGCUCAAAGAUGCGCCUUCCGCUUCGCAGUAACCUUCGGUCCCGCCGCCGUCUGAACGCAAUUCUUCCAAGCCCACUAAAAGCAUAAAGAUAGAUAAUUCACAGCUCAUAGCUGUUCCCACAAACGCUGUCCGAUUUGAG